AUGGACGAGGAAGGCAUCGAUGAUGAUUCGACCGAUGUGUGGACGCUGAACAUAAUACAGAAAUAUGAGAAGCGCGAGGGUCUCGAAAAUAUUUGUUUGGCAGAUUUUGUAGCGUGUUACACGAAGGAUAAAAGUAGUAGUAACACAUAUAAACAACGAAGUAUACCUCGAGUAAUCCGGUGGAGAAAAUAUAAAAUGACAGAAUUAAACGAUUACAAGCGUGAAAUGGUACUUCUAUUUCUACCAUUCCGGAAUGAAACUUGCGAUAUUCUUGAUCGUAACAAAUUCAUUGACUUGUAUAACCAAAACGAAACUUUCAUAUUGAACAAAUUGAAACAAUAUGAUUGUGAUAUUAAUCUCGAACAAGUCGUCGAGGAAUAUCUUCGUAUAACUGAAGAAAGUGAAAGUGACGAUCUUCAAAAUGCAGCCAACGAGAAACACAAUGAAUUCGUACGGGCUAUUAUCAUGGAGCCCAACGAUGACGAUAUUCAACAAUUGCCUAGUGGUGCUCUAGCAGCGGUCGUUAAGAAACGUACCAAUGUUAUGAGUAAGCAAGACUAUUGUGCUCUAGUCAGGACUACAAAUGUAGAACAACGAAGUUUGAUUUUACAUUUAAUUGAUAUCUUGCACAGCUUCGACGGAACGAACACACCUUUGCAGAUAUUUUUCACUGGUCCUGCAGGAUGUGGUAAAACGUUUACACUUCGCAUACUGAUGGAGACAUAUAAUCGUUUCAGUCAGGCACAUAAUUCACUGAAAAAUUCAUAUGUUGCUUGUGCAUCUACGGGCAAAGCCGCUGUAGCUAUUGGUGGCACCACAGUGCAUUCCGCUUUUCGCAUUACAAUGGCUCGCAGAAAUAAUUCAAAACUUGGGUUUGAAACUCUUCAACUGUAUCGUAAUGCUUUUAAUGGCGUUAAAGCGAUCAUUAUUGAUGAAGUUAGUAUGAUAGGUGCAGAUGUGCUAAAUAUCAUUCACUCUCGGUUGCAAGAUAUCACCGGAAACUAUGACGAUCCGUUUGGCGGAAUUCAUCUCAUAUUUUGUGGCGAUCUUCGUCAAUUACCACCUGUCAAUGCUCGACCAGUUUACAAAUCAUGUAGAAACUCUAUUCAUGGUCCUGUGCUGUGGCAGUCCCUGAAUUUCUUUCCAUUAAAGCAAGUUAUGCGGCAAUCCGAUAUUCAAUUUUCCACUAUUCUCACUAAAAUUGGCAAUGGCGAGGCACUUACAGACUCAGAAACUGAGCGGAUUGAGAGUCGAUUCCGAACAGCCGAGUGGUGUAGGCAAAAUGUACCGAAUGCUAUACGUCUCUUCCAUCGCAACAUUGAUGUAGAAACGUACAAUACUGAAACAUUACGCGAUCGGGAGGGUUACGAUUUUAUUGUAGACGAUAUUUUCACAGGCUACACGAACGCUGAACAGUUAGCAAGCGCUCGUAGUAAAGUUCAUAAAAUGAGCGUUGUGGAAACAGGUGGUCUACCUUAUUUAUUGCGAUUAACGACCGGAAUGCCCUAUAUGAUCACCACCAACAUUGACGUUGAAGUUGGGAUGGUUAAUGGUGCUAUAGGGGAACUCAAAUUCAUUGAGCACUGCGAUGAUGAUUCGGGUGAACGAAUUAUCCGACUAUGGAUGAAAUUUGAAAGUGAUAUUAUCGGUGCCACUUUGAAAAUAAAAUCUCGUCCUUUAGUGUACUCUAAACCAGCUCAGUUGCAAUUUGGUUGGGUUCCUAUUAUAAAGCGAUCGGCCAGCAUUAAGCUUGGUAAGAUCACUUGCAAACGAGUUCAAUUUCCGGUCGUUAGUGCGUGUGCGCUUACAGUACACAAAUCGCAGGGAGGUACUUUCUCUGAAGUUGUAUUUGACUACGACAAAGGUCUAGAACAACAAUUGGUUUAUGUUGGGCUGUCACGAGUCACAUCAAUGGAUGGGCUUUAUUUGACUAACUCGAAAAAUAAUUUCAAAUUUAAUCAUUGCAAGGGUAGUAAUUCACCCCGUAUUGCUGAACUGAGAACAGAGCUUGUACGUCUUUCAAAUCAUCAGCUGCCGACGAUUAGUGGUGUAUUGCUGGAUUUCAUUGAAACGUGUUCUCUGAAUCGGUAA